AUGGCCAAGCGGGUUGAGGGGGGGCCGGAUGGGGUCAGACCGUUGGCAGUGGGAGAGGUCUUGCAUCGGCUCGUAGCUCGGGCGGUCGACUUGGCCAACGCGUUCAACGAGGUUGAUCGUGUAGCCAUGUUUGAUGAGCUCCGGUUGCACUUCCUGGAGCUCCUCCCUUUUUUCCGCUGCUUUUAUGGGGAGCCGUCCCGGUUGCUACUUAGACGGGAUAGCGGGGAUUGGGAGUUGUUGCAGUCCAGCACGGGGUCACGGCACGGGGACCCUUUAGCCGGGUUUCUGUUUGCCCUAGCCUACCACUGCCCCCUUUCCGCCACGUGCGCAGCCUUUCCGGAUGUCCAACUCCCUUCUUACGCUGACGAUACUCACAUCGUCAACGCGCCAGUGCGAGCCGCAGACACUUUCGCGCAUCUGCAGGGCGGCCUAGCCACGCUGAGCCUACGGGUGAAGCUGGCAAAGUGCGCGGUCUUUUCGACCGCCGAGCUUCCCCCCGCCUUCCCAUCCCCCCCGAGUUCCGGCGCCCCCCCCACAGCAUCGUAG